AAUUAGUUAUUUGGGAGAUGAGUUGAAACUACCAAAAUACCCUUUUUUGAUGGUAGCAAUGGAUUGUUUGCGAAUUGUUCCCAGAGAUUGAAGGAAGAACAAGCACGUUGCUGUUCCUUCUUUCUUACCUCCUUUCCUUCCAAAAUCCAAGAAAGCAAAUAUAUAAUUGUUCAUGAAUGGGAACGUUUCAGAGUUGGAGAAGAGCCUACGGUGCUCUCAAGGAUUCCACCAAGGUUGGCUUAGCCAAGGUCAAUAGCGAAUACAAGGAAUUGGAUAUUGCAAUUGUAAAAGCUACCAGUCACGUAGAAUAUCCCCCCAAGGAACGUCAUGUUCGAAAAAUAUUCUAUGCCACAGCAGCACAUCAACCACGGGCAGAUGUGGCAUACUGCAUACACACACUCGCCAAGAGACUUUCCAAGACAAGAAAUUGGAUAGUUGCCAUAAAGACAUUGAUAGUUAUCCAUAGGAUUUUGAGAGAGGGUGAUCCUACUUUCAAAGAAGACCUUGUCAACUAUUCAAGAAGGGGACACAUUCUCCAAAUAUCCAAUUUCAAAGAUGACUCAAGCACCCUAGCUUGGGACUGUUCUGCAUGGGUUAGAACCUAUGCACUGUUUUUAGAAGAAAGGCUUGAAUGUUAUAGAGUCCUUAAGUAUGACAUAGAGUCAGAUCGUUUAAAAAAACCGACACAAGGGCAGGGUUUAGCUAAGGUACAAAGCAGAACACGGUCAUUGCCUACUGAAGAUCUAUUGGAGCAACUGCCUGCACUGCAGCAACUUCUAUACCGCCUUAUUAAUUGUCGGCCUGAUGGAGGAGCUUACAGCAAUUACCUAGUGCAAUAUGCUUUGGCCCUGGUAUUGAAAGAGAGCUUCAAAAUAUAUUGUGCAGUCAAUGAUGGAAUCAUCAAUCUUGUGGAUGUGUUCUUUGAUAUGCAAAAACAUGAUGCCAGGAAGGCUUUGCUUAUUUACAAAAGAGCUGGCCAUCAGUGCGAUCAACUUGCUAAUUUCUAUGAAUACUGCAAGGGCUUGGAUCUUGCUAGGAACUUCCAAUUCCCAACUCUGAGACAGCCACCUUCCACUUUUCUUGGUACAAUGGAAGAGUACAUCAAGGAAGCACCAGAGGCAGGCAUGCCUAGAAAGAACCUGGAGCCUAAGGAAAAGGAGGAAUCAUCCAAAGAAGAAGAACCAGAAACCGAAGAGCACGAAGAGGACGAAGAGCCUCAAGAAAAUGAGAAACAAGAAGAAGAAAUCCAGGAAGAACCUGAACCACAGCCGGAGGAACUAGAGAAGGCCGAACCCGCUCCUCUGAUAUCAACUGGUGAUGAUUUGCUGGGUCUACAUGAAAUAAAUCCAAAAGCUAGAGAACUAGAGGAGACCAAUGCUUUGGCACUUGCAAUUGUACAACCUGGUGGAAACAACAUUCCGAGGGAUCUUGCAUUGAGUAACAUUGGUGGGACUACAGGUUGGGAACUUGCACUGGUUACGGCACCAAGUAACCAUACCAGCCAAGCAAUAGACCGAAAAAUGGCUGGUGGAUUUGAUAGGCUACUACUAGAAAGCUUGUAUGAAGAUGAAAACUCCAGAAGACAACUUCAGCUCCAAAAUGCAGGUUAUGGAUACGGAGGAACAGCUAUUCAUAAUCCAUUUGAUCAAUAUAAUAGUAAUCAGUAUGAUCCAUUUGCAGUGUCCAACAACAUAGCACCUCCAACCAAUGUGCAAUUGUCAUUGAUGGCUCAGCAACAUCAACAGCAGCAAAUGAUGUUCCAACAGCAACAAAUGAUGUAUCCACAACAACAACAACAACAACAACAACAACAACAGCAACAACAAAUGAUGUACCAUCAAAAUAACAUGAUGAUGGUCCCAUAUCAGUCUCAAUACCCUCAACAGAUGCAAUUUAUGGACUCUUCUAAUCCAUUUGGAGAUCCCUUACCUGUUCCCACCUAUAAGCACACUUCCAUGCAAGGAAAUUACAAUUUGUUGUAGAGUCCAACUAUCUUUUAAGUAGGGUUAACAUGAAUUUUCUUCUCUUUGUUGGCCAGUGAAUUGUAACGUGCCGUUUUGUUUUGUAAUUAUCACGGAUCCAUUGUUCUUCAAACGCACUCAUGGAAAACUAAUUUUGCUCAAGUAUCAGUAUAAAGUCUGAGAUUUAAGUUUAAAUGGGUUGACGUUGAACACAUACAUGUUAGUACUACGCCUUUGUUGUUGUCACAUAAUACUGCCACAAACUAGAUACAGUUCACAGAUUCUCCCUUGAAAUUCAUAUCAUGAACACCAGAACAACAGUAAGAAUGCUACUGCUGAUUAUCUCUGUUUUUUCAUCAUAUUUUAAUCUUCCUACAAGAGUCUCGAGCCAUUGUUUAUCUUUUAUUGUGGCCUCUACUUCUAUAAAUACAAAAACGCGUCCUUAAGAGCAAUACUAAAUGACAAGUUGACCAAUUCGAACAAAGAUUUGGGUUAUCUAAUUUUCAUUCAGAAAUAGCGAGGAAACAGUCAUGUUAAAUAUAUAAAUACAUAAUAUGGUUUGAAUAGACAAAAAAAAGAUGGACAAAUCAUGUCACUUUCUCCUGUUUAAAUAACAUGAAAAAUCAAAAUGAAUGAAAAAGGAGUCACGAGCAAAAGGUGGCAACUUGCAUCUAGAUUCCUUGGCUGUCUCUAAACGAAUGGAAAGUAGAGAGAAGAAAAGAGUUUAUUGGGAUUCAUGCACCGCUAAAAACAUAAGCCAGUGUGUAAUUUCAGAGGCAAAAGAUGAAGGUGUUUCCCCUUAAAUAUCAAGUUUACUACAGUCGUGUAUACAUCACUAAAUAUAUGCACUGGGUUGAGGAAUGCUCAAAUAAGCUUUUCUUUAAUAGUUUUCGACUUUUCAUGAAUACAUACAUAACCCAUGUAAAUAGGUUCAAAGUGACAAGCAUUGAAAUUAUUCAACAUAUACUGGUUAUUUAAUUAACCUGUUCACUAACCAACUAUGUA